GUGAAACUAAUUUUAAUAUUUCACUGCGGCGUAUCGUCGAGCACUGAGCCGACGGCGAUCGAGGCUAUAAACUCCAAUUGAGAUCCACCGAGCCGAUUUCACAGGGAUCCAAUCUUUGCUCGUGGUUUCGUGCUUUGCUUUGCUCCGCUUCGCCGGGGUGAAAUCGGCCCUGCUUCCGCCGCGCCGAGGCGAUGGUUUCCAGUGCUGAGUAGAACCCGACGGCGGCGCCACCAGGCGGCCGCUUUCCAGGCGGUCUUAUGCGUCUCCAAGCGUCCAGGCUUCCCCUUCCGAUUUCCUCCUCCCCCGCCGCUUCCGUAUCCUCCCUUCUCUACGAGCCUUCCUCCCGCUCCCUCGCCCUCAUGCUCGACGACUUGUCCGCGUUCCUGUACCCUUCCCUCACCCCGACUCGUUUCCCCGGCCCCAGCCACACCGCUGUGCCCCCGCCUUCCACCGCCGCUUGCUUCCUCCGCCUGCUCCCCUCCUCCCGUAUCUUGUUCCUCGCUGCAUCGCCCCUCGCCGCCGGCUCCAGCCUUCAGCUCCGCGUUUGGAUCCUCCUCUCCCACGGCGGCUCCGGCACUGCUUUCAAUCCCGCCCGACUUGACUUCAGAAACGACCGUGGCCGGUUUGCCGUCGCCUUCAGCCUCCGCCACGGCCACACGAUACGGCUCGCUGGAUCGGUCAACGCGUUUGUAAUCCACUCUGUUGCUGUUAAUCAGAUCUGGGUUUUCUCCGCGAAGCUGGCUGCAGGGGAGGAGGAGACCGUCCAUCUCAUGAAGUGUGCAGUGGUGGAACUCACGCUACCGAUCUACUCGAUCAAGCUUUCGAUGGGAUUUAUGCUCCUCGGAGAGGUGGAUGGCAUUCGGGUGUUUCCCCUUCGACCCCUGAUCAAAGGCCAGCUCUUGAAAUCCCGCGUUUCAGCCGUCAAGAAAGCAAGUGCUUCGAUCGGAGAUCUCUGCAAGAAGAAUUUGCCGAACAUUAUCAAGAGUUCGUUGGUGCCUGAGGAAUCCGGAAUCCACUGUGGUUGUGAACAUAGUGGAAAGAAUUCUGCAAUUGAAGAAAAGGGUGAUAAGCCUAAGACUGUCAGAGUGAGGCAAGACUCCGGUGAUCUCUACUCAUUUUUUGUCUUCAUCAAGCCUGCUGAAUUGCAAAGUUGUAAAGGCAGCAAAUCAAAUCCUGCAUCAUUAAAAGCAGUUUGCAUCCAUGUUCUGUCAGAGAAGAAAUAUUUGAUCUUGGAUUCAGCUGGUGGUUUACACUUUCUGAAUUUUAAUGAAAGUGGAAUGGCAUUGGAAUUCAAUGCUAAAUCAUCUAUGCCUUUCAAGGAUGCCCAUGCAUACCAACUAGAAAAAUUCAUGGAAGUGCAAUUGUUGGCUGUUCUUCCUGAUAUUUCUUCAAAAACACAAUAUUCUUGGCUAUCAGAUGGUGAGUAUUCCAUACAUUUGAUCUCAAUGGAAGAUGCUGAUGUUGAUGCUGAUGCUGGUGUGAUUGAUAAAGAUGGGAGCAAGCAAAAAUCUACUGUUGUUUCAGUUAUGGGAGCCAUAUUUACAAGUGAAAAGGUCCAAGACCUUGUGCCUAUUUCUUCAAAUUUAUGUCUUGUACUUUGUCCAGGAAGCAUGUUCAUAUAUGGAGUUGCUUGAGUAAAAUCAUUGGCUAUUCUGUUGGAGGAAAUACUUGUCAGGCUACUUAGAAACUUAAGUUUGUCUAUGCUAAUAUGGUUGCUUCAUGGACCGAUUUCGAGUAAGAUAGGUUGGCAGUCGCAUGGGGUUUCUUUCUUCAACCUAUCUUUAAGUCAUGAGCUACUUUAGAGUUCUAUCUUCAGUAUCCAACUCUAGCUUAUGACUUUGAAAAUGAUCUCCAAGGGCUAAGUCAGAUGCACGCCACUGUUCAGAGCACGGCCCUUCUGAUGCAGUCGACCGAGUGUUUCUAUGCUAGAAGGUACUUCUGCUUUGUGGGUAUCAAGUGCCUCAUGGGCUUCCGACUAAAGUUAUGGAAGUUUCACCUUACACAUGGAAGAGUUGGUUGAUUUGUGAAGCCUUCAGAUACCUCUGGUGGUUUGUGAUAUAUUUAUCCUUUGCCACAUUCUCAUUGUUUAAGUUGUCUCUUUGAGGCAAAGUAGGAUCAAAUUCCAGUGGACAAUAAAUCCGUAGAGCACAACUUUCCAGGGAGAGAAAAAAACUUGGCAAACUUGGGAUGAUCGAGUUAUAUCUGAAUGUUUAUUUUAUAUUAACAUUUAACAGUUGGAAGUUAGUAGA